GGAAGUAUAUUGCUUUUAUAAUCCUACUUAUUUUGUAAUGGUGUUCUGCGUUCUUUACCAGCCCAAGUCAAAUCUGUAAAUCUUAAGUAUGUGCAAUAGCAGUAACAGCUAUGUUUGCCUUGGCAAUAGCCACUAAUAACCAGCUGUUGAAUACAAGAACAAGGAAUUGUUCAUCUAAAAAGUUGCCACAAUGACACAAAUGAGAAAAGAGCACUUCAUCUUAGCAUUAACCUCCAUUAUUAGAGCAUGGAGACUGGAAGUGAUCUUUAGAGAAGCCAAGGCUACUGUAUUAUUUAUCUUGCUGGGCCCUGGUAGAAAGAGAGAGUAACAAAGUGCUCAGGUUUCAGCCUGUCGCUCUGUCACUCAUUCUGUGUUUUCUGUGUCCAGUGUAUCCACGUGAGCAUGAGGGCAAGGGGAAUGGAAAUGGCCAGCAAGGACUGUGUGCAAGUGGCAGUCCGGGUCAGACCCUUCAAUAAGAGGGAGCGGGAUGCAGGCAGUCGCUGCAUUAUCUCAGUGACCAACAACAAUAUCAUUAUUCAGGACCCUCGCAAUCCGCAGAACAGCCGCACAUUCACUUUCGACUACACUUACUGGUCUCACAGUGGCUUUAGUAGGAAUAAAGAUGGUCUGUUCGUAUCUGAGGAGACAGGUGGGCGCUACGCUGACCAGGAGAGUGUGUUUCUGGAUUUGGGGCAGGGCAUCCAUGAUAACGCGCUGCAGGGCUACAAUGCCACAUUACUGGCAUAUGGUCAGACUGGAUCUGGGAAGAGUUACUCCAUGGUUGGUUAUGGUCCUAACAAAGGCCUUAUACCCACCCUCUGCGAUAGACUGUUUCAGUCUAUUAAAAGCAUGCAAGAUAGCAGGCAGUGUCAGGUGUUUUUCAGCAUGUUGGAAAUCUACAAUGAACAGGUUUUAGACCUGCUAUCGAAGACCAGCCGAUCUGCUGGUGGUCUUCGGGUGCGAGAGGACCAGCAGAGGGGUUUCUACGUGGAGGGGCUGAGGCGGGUGCCCUGCGACAGUGCAGCACAGGUGGAGCAGCUGAUGGAGCAGGGCACACGCACACGCACCACAGUGGCCACACACAUGAAUGCCAACAGCAGUCGCUCGCACAUGCUCAUCAUCAUCCAGCUCAAACAGAUCUUCUCAAAGGAGUGCAUCACCAAACAGUCCAACAUUUACCUAGUGGACUUGGCUGGUAGUGAGAGACAAAGGUCAUCAGGGUCAGAGGCCGACAGGCUGAAAGAGGGCACUGCCAUCAAUCUCAGUUUAACUACUCUUGGAAAUGUCAUCAGUGCUCUAGCAGACAUGGCUCUUGGGAAGAAAGUAGUUCACAUCCCUUAUAGAGACUCUGUCCUCACCAAAUUACUGCAGUCUGCUCUUGGUGGUAACAGCCGAACCGUCAUGAUUGCAACCUUGAGCCCUGCAGAUAUUUGCUAUGAAGAGUCUCUUUCUACUCUUCGAUAUGCAGAGAGGGCCAAGCGGAUCCAGAAUAAAGCUGUGGUGAAUGAAAGUCCCACAGAACGGCUAGUGAAGGAACUCAAGGCAGAAAAUGCAAAACUACUUUUGAGACUAAGCCGACUGGGCCAAGAAGGCCGUAAAGCUGAUGAUGAGACGAAGGAGCUGCGGCGAUUGUUGACUCAUAAUGAGCUGCAGAUUCGAGCCAUUCAGACAUUGUGGGAACAACAUCUCCAAGAGGCCCUAAAAGACUGGGAGACUCAGUAUGCAACUAUAACACAAGAACGAAGGAUGAUGCAGAUGCAUCCGUACAUAAUGAACAUCAAUGAGGAUGCACAGCUGUCUGGCGUCGUGAAGCUCUUCAUUCAAGAAGGUGAAUGGGAUAUUGGUCUGGCAGACAGUUCACCCGGAUCGCUCUGCAUCAGAGGUUUAGGAAUUCAGGAGAAACAUGCUGUUUUCUCAAACCAGCAAAGGAGAGUAUCAAUUACCCCUGUGUCUGGGUCAAAGGUCAUUGUGAACGGAGUGCCAGUAUCUAAGAGGAUAGAGCUGCAGCAUUUGGAUCGACUCGUCUUGGGUUCGAACAGCACUUACCUGUUCAUUGGCUUCCCCUCGGAGCGUUCAGGAGAGGACUGGAGUCGUUAUGAUUAUGAUUACUUCCAGUCUGAGCUGGCAGCGGCCGAGGGCUUCCAUAUUCAGUCUCUGUGUGACGAUCAGGGCCACCGGCCACACCAGCCUGACCCCAGUCUACUGGCUGUGUUUUAUGACUAUAUAAAGCUGAUGCCCAUGGUGACAGAAGCUAACCAAAUGAGUAAAGAGUUAAAGAAGGGAGUUGAAUUCAAAUUGGAAAUCAAGAACCUGGCAAUGUCAGACUCUAAGGGUCAUGACCUGGAGAAGGACAUUGCAGUGAGAGUGACAUCUGUGGAGAGCAAACAGGUUUGGAUGUGGUCCAAAGCCAGAUUUGUCAACCGUAAGUUUCUGAUGGAGGAGGUGUACCAGCAGCAGGUGGUAGGAGGAGAGGGGGCAGACCGAGCUCCACUUCCCAGGGACAAAGAUCCGUUCUGGGAUCCUGUGGAGCCCCUGCACCUGGGGAGCGCUCACCUGUGGCUGCAGUCCCUGGCGUUCCGCAUCCCUCUGGAGGAGCAGGUGGAAGUGGUGGGUCCGGAAGGAACAGAGGAGGCCAUACUGCAGGCACAGCUAGUGCCCUGCAGCCCAACAGGAUUGCCCCUGGGAGAAGACGACAUCCUUAUUGACCCGUCAGAGCUGCUUGGGAAACGACUGGACUUCCAGCUGGUUUUGGAUCAGUGUUGUGGCCUACGCUGGGUUAAAGAGGCCCGGAACCGAGGCGUGCAAAUCGGGUUUCAGGUAUUUGACUGCCCACAGCCUCUCUACACUCCAGCGGUGUGGCACAACGUGAACCCGCUCUUGGAUCACAGAAUCCAGUUCACUGCUCUGAGAACCUCUCAGGAACUGCUCAACUUCCUGCAGAGCAAUGCCCUGGUGCUGGAGCUGUGGGGCCUGCAGGAAGGCUGUUCUGAAUUAGUCUCCUGUAUGGAUGGAGUGAAGAUGACUCAAGAGGACAGCAUUAUUAUUGACAAGAUUAGUACAUCAGAACACUUGACUGCAGAAACUGGAGGCUCUGACCUCAGCUCAUCUCUCCGAGCCCUUCAUCAGGACUUGGAACAGCUGAGAAAUUCUAACGCAGCACUAAAGAAAGAAAACAGUUCUCUGAGAGAGCAACUCAGCUCAGCCAGAAAUGGUGUGGAGAAUAACCGCGGUCGGCAGGAACGCAGAGGCAGUCUGAGGCCCAGCUGUGAUGCUGAGUUUGCCAAAGCCUUAAAAGUGUUCUACCACAGCAUGACCUCUGUUAGGGGGCAACUUCAGCGGCUGCGCAGACACAAACCCAGUGAGGAAGCAGACCUGCUGGGUCUCAGAUUGUUUGUGGAUGAACAUACGUAUCUCCUGAAGGACUUUUCUGAACAGUUGGAACAGUGCGUCACCACUCUCAAACAGGAUGUGGCUGCCAUUGUACGUCGAAAACGAGAAAAGUCUGGGAUUUGGUCCUGAUACGCCUAUUAAAUCAAACAUGCUGCUGCAUGAACUUAAAAGACUAAAUCUUGAUUGAAGGUUGACAAAGUUAGAUUCAUGAAAUGUAUUCAUGGAAUUAAUGUUCUGUUUUGGUCUUCAGAGUGCAUUUAGAAUAGGACACUAUCUAUUAUUUUGAAACCGUUAAAUGUGGUAUGUACCAUGUGUUAAUGUUUACACAGUGUAAGAAUUGUUUGUAUACUGUAAUAUUCUGAUAACUCACUACAUUUGUAACAAUGUAUUCAAACAGAGUGCACUGCACUGAAUAUUAUAUCCCACAAUGCAAUGCACUCAACCAUUGCUACUGUGACAAAUGAACUACAGUGGAAGAAAUAUCAACCUUGACUUUUAAAGUUUUGACUCAUUUGUAGGGCUGGAGAUUGAUACAAAUGCAUUUGGACAUAUAUCAGGUACAGUACAUCUCAAAUGCUGCAAAUAAAGGGAACCCUGUCUGUUUGUACAUUACUGUAAUAUUAAAGGUUAAAAUUAACAACCAAUUUAUAUGCAAACAUUUAAAUUGUACAUUUUAGUUUUUGUAGUAAUAAUUUCUAAUGGUAUAAACUGGAUGUCAUAACUUGUUUUCAUGGUGUUUUUAUUUAAAUAUACAUUAAAUAUUGAAGAACAGGUUAUGUAAAAAUGUUAGUAUGUAAUAUAGUGCAUACAUUUAGUAAAAUUUUCCUCUCUAUAGUUCAUUUUUUUCUAGCCAACUGUCAAGUUUAUUGACAAAGAAUGGCUUUCCUGAGGUACUUGACAUUGUUUAUAAGCUGUUUUAUUGAUCCCUUUCCGAGGAUAAAACACAGAUUGAGCGUCAGGGUCCCGGGCUAGGCCCUCAGAAAUGGCCUAACUAUUGUAAAAAAAAAAAUGCACAUUUUUUAAUUUUGGUUAUUUUAAUUACAAAACAAUUAUUUCAUUAAAAGUCAGCGGUUCAAUUUUAUUGUAGCAAUUCAUAAUUUAAGAUUGUGUUGGAGUGUGAAGGGUUAAACGAAGCAACUUUACUCCCUGUUAAAAUUCUUAGGCCUAAAUUAGAGGGCCAAGAGACACUAAUUUUCAAAUGAAAGCUAAAUUGACCAAUCAUAUCUUUUCCCUAAAUGGGUGGGGGUUAAUAUUACUAACAUUAACAUUUUUUGACAAGUUUAGUCAGCUGUGAAGAACACUUUAGAAAAAAAAAAGUUUUGGAGUUAAGGGCCACACUGCACUUUUCGGUCCAUUGAGUGAAUUGAAAGAACAUAACUUUUAAACUGCAGCGCUGCGGGAAAGUGGAGUAGAUUGUGUGGGUUUAAAUUUUAAAAGACGCUGCAGAGCGUGACGUCAUAUUACGACCGUUGCAGCGUACGAAGAAUUUUUGCAGCACAAAUAGGAAAAGGAAGACAUAACUUACUUCAGAGCUAUAUUUGCUGCAUAAAACCACAGCUUUUAAGAGCCAUUUCAGUCCCAGCACUUACACUUAUUUCGAUCAUCAAUGGGUAAGUUAUUUCAAAUCUUAUCAGGCCGCCGUCCCGACUGAUUGUUUUCUGUCCGCCGCUGCCAUUGUUUUGUAAGUUACAUGUUAAUGUUUAUUUGGGAAAACAGUAAUUUUGCAUGAUUAGUGGUCAAAUCUAUAGAUCCUUACACCUUUUUGCUGUAAUUAUGCACAAUAAUGAUUUUUUUUUUUUUGUCCGUUACUUAUAGGCCGCGCCAAUCUAAUGAUAUUAUCAGCAAGUAAUAUAUAUUUAUUUGAGCAUUGCUUGUUUGUGGUCGUACUAUGCUGUUUAAUAAGGGUGCUCCGAUUUGUAACAAACACAUUUUUAAUUACUCAAGAAAUUAAGUUGCUCCAACUGAUAGAUUUGUUGGCCUGGUCUGGCACAGCACCAAUUUAUAUGACCUUUUUUCAGUUGGAAUCCACAGCUAUCUUAUU